GGACAAAUGCAACAAUUUUACACCCAGAUUCAUUUACGUUAAUUGCUCAUCCCUUGGGUCCACAAACAGAGGAGCCUUUCUCGGUUGUCUAUUGGUCUGAAACAGCAUUAUCUGGUGACCUCUUCCCCUGCAUUAGGGUUCGCGGCGGCGGGAGCAGCAGGAGGAGGAGGAGGAGGAAAAAGAAGAAGAAAAAGAAGAGGAGGAGGAGGAUGGGGCCCCUUCGGGACAGCAAGAAGGAGCAGAGAGUGUAUCACCACCAGGAGAAGGUUUCCCGUAGCCGCAUCCCACGCUUGGUUCUUCGGCCCCACGCUCCCCAGCAGCUGCAGAAGCUGUCUCCGGCAUCCGAGUCGCCCUUCUCGGAGGAGGAGAGCCGAGAAUUCAAUCUCAGCAGCUCGGGCCGCUCAGCUAGGACCAUUAGCAGCAACAGCUUCUGCUCAGAUGACACUGGCUGUCCCAGUAGCCAAUCAGUGUCUCCUGUGAAGACUCCCUCUGAAGCUGGGACUAGUCCAAUUGGCUUUUGCCCUGGGAGUGAUGAAGAUUUUACCAGAAAGAACAUUAAUAUUGGAGCAGUGGUGGAAGGCAAUUCCCAGCCAGCUCGACAUAAGAAGGAUCAAAAGACGACUCUUGUCAAGCCAGGGAGGAAUAGCAACAGAGGCAGCACCAACUCCUCUUGGAGGAAAAACAUUUGGAGUGAAGCUGACUUCAGCUCCUCGAGCAGCACCGGCAGUAUUUCCGCUCCUGAAGUCCAUAUGUCAGCGACCGGGAGCAAGCGACCCUCCUUCUCUCGCAAUGGCUUCCCUCCCCCCUGGGCGCACUCGCAGAGCAAGUUGGAAGAGGACCAAGAACCCACCUCAAGCUCCAGCCGUGGCUCCCACGGGAGAAACAGCACCGCCUCAUCUUACAAAUGCGGCGUCAGCCCACCGUCACGUGAGAAAGACCUUCUGUCCCUGCUGGCCAGGAAUCAGAUGAGUCCAGUAAACGCACACCCGAACUAUGGCCCCUCAUCUCCUAGUAGCAGCAACUCGGGAUCCUACAAAGGGAGCGAUAGCAGCCCUGUCUUGAGGCGAGCUGGAAGGUACGCUUCUUGUGGGGAGAGUCAUGGGGUCAAGCCACCCAACCCGGAACAGUAUCUCACGCCCCUGCAGCAGAAAGAAGUUACAGUGAGGCAUCUGAAGACCAAACUGAAGGAAUCCGAGAGCCAACUUCAGGAGAGGGAGACCGAAAUCGCGGAACUCAAGUCCCAGUUGACUCGCAUGCGAGAUGACUGGAUCGAAGAGGAGUGUCACCGGGUAGAGGCCCAGCUGGCACUGAAGGAAGCGAGAAAAGAGAUCAAACAGCUUAAGCAGGUGAUCGAGACCAUGAGGAGCAGCUUGGCCGACAAAGACAAAGGGAUCCAGAAGUAUUUUGUGGACAUCAAUAUUCAAAAUACAAAACUGGAAUCCUUGCUCCAGUGCAUGGAGAUGGCCCAGAACGGGUGUUUCCGGGAGGAGCUGUGCCUGGAAUACCUGGUUGAAUCCCCAGGCCAGAGUGUGCCCCUCAGCCCUGCCUGUACCCCGCUGGCAAGGGGGCUGGCUCUGGAGGACCAGGCCGGGGCCUUAGAGGAACUCGGUGAAACACCGGCCCCCGACAGCCUGCCUUCCGGCCUGGAUCUGUUUGAAGAGUUCAUGACAGCUGCCACCACCGAGUCUGGCGAAGUUGCUGUCUUCCAGUCCAGUGCUGCUCCUGCACCCCCUGACCAGAUGGCACCGGCAGUGGAAGACAGUGUGGUGAUGGAACAGGUCGUCCAGCUGGACAUGGCGCCUUGUGGCCCUGGCAUAGAGCAGCCGCUUCGGAAGAUGCCCAAGGGGCGAGACCCGCAUCCAGGGGCCGCGCCGGAUCCCCCCGAGGCCGAGGCCGACCCCAGCGACGGGUCUCCCUCCGGGCUCGAUUCAACACCCGGCGGCCCCGACCCUGCCGUCCUCAUGUCUCCCGUGGAGACGUGCUACAGAGAGGGAGAGGCCGACGGUGGAAACAGGCUCAUGAGGGAACUGGACUUUGGGACCUCCCCCGAAGACAACGUGGGCAGCGGCGUUCGGUUCUCUCAGGCCAGCAUCAGCAGGCGCUACUGGAGCAAGAGUCUGGUCGUGGAUCUCCUGGCCGUGGCCGCCCCCAUGGUUCCCACAGUCCUGUGGGUGCUCGGCACGCAGAGAGGAGGGACCGACCCUAUCUAUAACAUCGGGGCCCUGCUGCGAGGCUGUUGUCUCGUAGCACUGCCCUCUCUCCGCCGGGCCCCGUUCCAGGGGAGAGCCUAAGUGGAGGCCUCCGCCCGCGUACAUCCUCUGGUCCGGGCGGUGGCCUACGAGGAGAGGAGGAGCGAUCCCACUGCCCCACUGAGAAUGAGCAUUACUAAUGGUGGUCUCUGUUCUGGCGUUUUGCUCCUUUGUGUUUGAUUUGCACUACAGUUUGUCGGAAGCCUGUUCCCCGUUGGAAACCGGAGGUGCCCUUCCAGGCGUGGAGGCCCCUGGUUGAGCUAGUUGUCCCCGACGCGUGGUGGAGAAAAGCAGGAGAACGAUCCCGCUCCAUCUCCAGUUUUCAUGCCGGGGGUUCAGGAAGAGAAACAAAGGUUUGCACUUUUAAAGGCAGCUUGUCUAAGGCUGGCAUGUGUCUCCUCGCUUUGCUUUGUACUGUUUUAUAAUGUGUAAGUGUCCCAGCAUUCCAAUGGUCUUGUGCAUAGCAGGGGAUGGUAACCAAAAUUAAAAAUGCAGUCACGUAAUUUAUUUGAGGAAGCCUCGAAGAGCUCUUAAUUGUUGUGCUCCAGAUAGAUAUGGUUUGAACGUUUAAAAGUUUGAAUAACGUAGUCCCAAAGUCUCAAGUGCACUGUUGUUCUUAAACUUGUCGUCAAGCUCUGAUAUUGUAAGCAAGUUUGAUGUAUUAACUUAUUUUUUUGCUUAUUACAUAGUGUUUUAUUGGAAAUUGUUUGUAAUCCCAAAUUAAAGCAUGUUGAAAAAGGCAAA